GGUAUAGUAGAGUGUUCUUCUCGAGCCGAGUCGUAUAAAAGCUAGGAUAAAACAUAGACGAAUCGUGCUCUACUUUGUUUUGAUAAAAUUUCGUGAAAAUGACGCUUAUCAACGAGACGUAAGAAGUUAGACUCGUUAACGCUAGUUACAAGUGUCGUGUUGCCAAAUCAAAAGAGUGCCGCAACGUUCUCGUUGCUCAUGUGUUAAAUGUUGAGUUUGACACUUGAUAAAAUCGAUAUUCCGUCAUCAUCAUCAUCAUCACCGUCAUCGCCAUCAUCGCCAUCGUCAUCAAUCUCGGCAUUUCUCAUUAACGUUUUCGUUAUGUCCGGGGAUCACAAGACCGUCAUCAAAUAUCCAUCUGAAUAUGUCAAGCUGAAUAUCGGUGGUUCACUCCAUUAUACUACCAUAGGCACUUUACGAAAACAUGAUACAAUGUUACGUGCUAUGUUCAGUGGUCGAAUGGAAGUUCUCACUGAUUCCGAAGGUUGGAUAUUGAUUGAUCGCUGUGGAAAACACUUUGGCACAAUUUUAAAUUUCCUACGAGACGGAUCCGUCCCGUUACCAGAGAGUGUCAACGAGAUGGCAGAGUUGCUUGCCGAGGCAAAGUAUUAUUGCAUUAGUGAGCUGGCUGAAUCGUGUGAACAGGCGCUCCUUAAGAAGGAGCGCGAACCAGAGCCAAUAUGUAGGGUGCCGCUUAUCACCUCACAAAGAGAAGAGCAGUUGCUCAUUAGUAAUACAACUAAGCCUGUAGUAAAGCUGCUCAUUAAUAGGCACAAUAACAAAUAUUCGUACACAAGUACUUCAGAUGACAAUCUGUUAAAGAACAUUGAACUGUUCGACAAGAUGUCCCUUCGUUUCAGUGGUAGAGUCCUAUUUAUCAAAGAUGUCAUUGGCUCAAGUGAAAUAUGCUGCUGGACAUUUUAUGGUCAUGGUCGUAAGAUAGCAGAAGUUUGCUGUCAUUCGAUUGUUUACGCAACUGAUAAGAAGCACACAAAGGUGGAGUUCCCAGAGGCUAGGAUUUAUGAGGAAACUCUUAACAUCCUCUUGUACGAGCAUCGCAAUGGUCCGGAUCAGGAACUGAUGCAAGCGACGUCAUCGAGAGGUGCCGUUGGAGGUGGACCACCAUGUACAUCUGAUGAAGAAGAGGGUGAGCGUUCGGGUUUGGCACGCCUUCGCUCCAACAAACAAAAUACCAACUGACCCACCCUGGCUCUCAUCAGUCCUCCCCAUCCAGCAAUCCUUAGCGUGGUACGUUCCUUAAAAACUCGCGCCAACAUGAAAUAGUACAACGCAACGGAGUUUCUCAUGAAGAACCUCAACCGUGCCUGGUGUUGCGUGAAACUUGGAAAACUAAAUUGUGGCAAUAGGUCGCGCGUGUAAAUUGAUAAAUGCGUCCUGGCAUUGUCCUUCGUAAAAAUAACAAUCUGUCCUAUUCACCCUUUACACAUUUAAAACGCGAUCUUGGCUAAUUUGCCAGGAAACAGAAUGACAAAUUCGUCCCGCUUUAGUUCAUUGGUCGCGAUUAAGUAGUCUUGUGGUUGGUGAAUAUUUAAAAAAAGUUUUAUCUCAUUUCCUCGUUCGUUAAUUGUCAUUAAGAUAAGAAAACUCAUAGAACGUAUUGUCAUUGGACAAAUAAAUGUGCAUAAUGUUCGGUUUAUGUGCCAAACGACGGUGCAGCAGCGUCUAUACAGCGAUAUAGAUUGAGAUUGAAGUUGCCAUUCUGUACUUGACUCAUGCAGUCAUUUUAACUUCAACAUCUCAUACUCUAUAACAACUUUUAAGCAGUCUCUUAAAUUCGCGAUUUAGAAAUGGCGUGCGAAUACCGCUCAUAAUUCAUGUUCUUAUAUUUCUUUCUUCAUUUACUUUCUUUUUGUCUUUUAAACAUGACUGGGACUGCGUUUACUAGCGGUUAAAUUAUUUAUACAUCGUUCUUGUUGAUAUUGUUACUUCUUACAGUUUUAAUCCGUUUCUUCAAUAAAUCCUGACGAUCUACGUGGUUGUUAUUUUUACUUAUCGAUUCGAAUACUAUUGACAAUUUUAUUGAACUGCUUAAGGGAUGGCGUGGAGUUUACUGUCAUUGAUUUACAUAUGGAAUGAGAAAUUUAUGAGAGAGCAGUAGCAGUCUGAUUUGGUUUUGUUGUGUGUGUUGAGAAACUUAUUAGCUACUUGUAGUAAUUAGUUUAUUAAUUUUCUUGUACGAUUCUGUCGAUGAUGACAAUAUUACUAUGCAAGUUUUGAGGUUUUUAUUCACUCUGCAUUUUAGGAUACUUCAAGAGUCUUAUUUUGAAGGUUUCUUACAAGAAUUUCAUAAGCUUUGAAUUUUCUUUACAAGUUUUAAGCUUAAUGACUAUUAUUAAGAGGGACCAUACGUAUGAAACUUGAUCUAAACUUUUUUUUUAAUUCAAUUACGCAGUUUAAAAACUUUUGAAUACAAAGUUGCUCACCGAGACGCAAAGCACCUAUUUAUAUUUUUGUAUUUAACUUCUUUCCGCACAAACAUUUGCAAUUGUUUUGCGACGCAGUAUCCAAGUAUUUAAUAUCAAGAAAAGGCAGUAAUUAUUUCUUUGAAUCGAAUGUAUUCUUGUUGGGAACCAAAUGCAUUUAAAAAAAAAAAACAGUAUAAAAACUUGUCAUCAAUAAAUGACUCAUUAAUUGACUCUGACGACUCACUAGUCAAAUAUUUAAGAGUUAACAAUUAAUUCAGCAACCUCUCCGAUCCAUUAUUAAAUUAAAUUUUCCAAUAACCCUUGUGAUAGAAUCAAACAGAAGGCUGUCUUUGAUAAGAAUGCAAUUUGUCCCAGCAAGAAUAACCAACCACGUAAAUCCAAAUCUCAAAAACUCUAAAAUUCAAAAUAUAAUAUCACACAUUCCUAAGGACAAUCAUGAUUAUUGCUCCUGAGUCAUUCUAAGAGAAUAGGGCCAACUUUAUGUGAUAAUAUACACCAUAAUUUAUGAGGAUACACUAUAUAUAUACAUAAAAUUAUUUCGAAGCCGGAACGAACGAAGUCAUGCAAAUUUAUUUAUAAUAAGAGAUAAAACUUACGGUUUAGCAAACGUUAUAAGACGUCGCGGCUUUUAAAUCGAAAUUGUAAUUAAUAUAGAUGGGAUUAAUUCCAGAUGUAAACGAUAACAUUUACUUUUUAUUGUCUCUAAGCACACAAACACACAAACGCAAACAACCCACCGAUUUCUGAUAUUAUCAACAUUAAUGAUUUUUCGAAGAUAGGUAACGUUAAUCGCUUAAUCCUCAUUUCAUCAUGAGAAAGUUGACGGCCUGGCAUCCUCGUUAAAAUUCCAUUCUAUUCUUGAUUUUGCGCCCAAUAAUCAAGAAUACUGCGUCCGUGCGACAGAGCGUAAAAAAUUAUACAGAGUCCUUUUUAAUGUCUCGUCUAUUUUUAUAAACGUACAGACGUACGACAUAUAUUUGUAAUAUAUCAUAUAAUCAUUAAUCGAAGAAAAAAAACCAGGCGCGAACAUUGUAAAAUUCUUUGCUCUCGUAUACAUCCUGCAGUCGAGACCUAGAAUACAGGGUAAUCAUUUUAAUGCGACAAUGAUGAUAAUGAUGAUGAUGAUGAGUUUAGAAAUCUCAUACUUCUCAAUUGCAAACUAUAGAACUACUUCUAUCCGAUUAAUGGAGGAUAUUACGAUUUAUCAUAUCAAUGCGAUGACCAACAUUUUUCAAAGUCACCGUAUCAAUUACUAUGUUAAUGAUACUCUCCGAUUCGGUGUUUAUGACUGGUAAUAAUUAAAAAAAAAAAAAGGAAGGACCGUUAUUAGUGUCAAAGUAUUUUAUCAAUGCUGGACAAUAAUGGCACAAUUCCAGCUCCUUAGAAAUCUGCGUGAUAGACGUUUUUUGAGCUGUUCCAAGAAAAAAAAUAUUUUCAAUGUUACAUAAAAAUCUGUCAUAUAAAUGUCACGUCCACCUGCUAACGUUUCUCCCAUUCAGAAUGGUCCUAGAUCAUUAAUGCCGUUUGUGAUCUGAAAAUAUUAUCCACGUAUCAGUGAUACCAUUUUUAUCAUUAGCUACACGUGACUCCUCCGUCAAGAGUGUUUUCUUGUCUAUGUCAAAAUUAAUGACCUUAACUAUCAUCAUUGCUGUAUUCGAAUAUAUGUUUAAUAAUUGUAGUUGGUGUCAGAACCCAAUGACAAACUAUGAUGAAAGAAAUAUCCAACCGUUAAGAUAAUAAUUCGAUGCAAGGACUAGCGUAAGUGCCAAAAUUGUCAAUCGUCAUUUUCAAUCAAUGGCGAUCAUUAGAUAAAGCGUUGGGAAGUUUAAUAAUUAGACCGAAAAAUAUGUAGAUUCAUAAGUGUACAUCGUGGAUCCUUAAUUAAUCUAAAGACACGUAUUUUUAUUAUAUGUGUAAUAAUAAUUAUUAUUAUUAGUGUCUACUGUUCGUCUAAUGUCUAACAAUUCAUCUGCUCAGAUGACUCGAUGUCUGAAGCUCGUUUUCUUCGACGCGGUUCAAUGCAUGAACUCCGUUUAUCUCCAGAAUGCAAGUAUGUGAUUGGCUAAUAGCACAGUUAAACCAAGUUUAUGCAUUGAAUCGCGUCGAAGAAAACGGACGUAAAAUCAUUAACGGGUACACGGGCCUCUUCUGUUAAUUCGUCUUCCAUAAUUUUACUGAUGUAAAAUUCAUAAUAUUCCAAUAGUCUGCUCUGCGUUGAUGAUUUAUUUAUUUUACGUGAGCCUAAUCGCCUCUCUUCUAUGUUCUAUGUUCUAUCCAAUAGCUGGAUCAAAUAGUUGUCAGAUUCUGUCUUCUUGACUGAUAAGCAAAAGCCAGACAAUAUUUACAUGUUAACGUUUAGGAAACUGUCAUCGAAUGUUGAAGUUGACAUUUUACUUUUUGAAAAUUCUUUAAUGUCAAACAACUACGACGUCUCUACGUGUUUAAUGUACUCUGGUAUUUCUAUGUGAUCUUUCAGCGUAUAUGAUGAACUUUACCUGUCGAUGGCUAAUCAAUGUUUAUUGAUCGUGAUAUUAAUCGUUGGAUGUGAAUACUUUCGAUUGGAGCGGAGAUGUAAUAUUUAUGAAUAUGCUGUAAAAUCGCGGGCCACCGAGAGUCAUUAUAUUUUAUAAAUAUUUUUCAUAAGUUCUGUACUAUCGGGAUGCAUCGAUACUUUCGAGAAAGCAUUCGUGUAAGAUAUGUAUAUCUUAAUAAGUUACGUGUAGUCAUUGGUUUGUUAUACUUUGUACAAUAGUUUAACGGAUCGGGCGUAUAAUAUUAUGUAUGCAAAAACGCACAAUUAUUGCGAUUUAAGUGUAAAAGCUGGCGUGGUAUUAUAUUACAAUUUCGAAAUAUGCUCAAAAAAGGAAUAGCAGAUGAGAUAUUUGGUGUACGUGCUCUAGAAAGUCUUUCUUUUAUCUUUUUUUCUUUGGAUAAUGUAAUAGGUAUCUCUUUUUAAUAUUUAUAAAAUGUACAUUUAUUAUUAACGUCAGACGUAUCUCUGUUGUUUCUACAGUGAAAUUGGACGGAGCAGGUAUUUUAUUUAACGUUAUUAUCUCGUUUCAGGUGUUUUGGACCGCGUAAUCGAAUUAGUAUAAAAAUAUCAGUAUCACGAUGUUAUUGAAUGAAAUUAUAUGAAAAUAAAUAAUGCUUUGUUGUCGUA